AUGAAAGGAACUUAUGAGUCUUAUUUGGGGCUACCUCCAGUCGUGGGAAAUUCAAAGUAUAAUGCUUUCAGGAGUAUUAAGGAGAGAGUGUGGAAGAAGAUCAAUAACUGGAAAAACUCAUUUCUGUCAGUCGCAGCGAAAGAAGUCUUAAUCAAAGCAGUCCUUCAAGCAGUGCCUACCUAUACAAUGAGUGUAUUCCAACUCCCAAAACAACUGUGCGAGAAGCUCAAUGUCAUGCUUGCCAAAUUUUGGUGGGGUAAUCACCAAAAAGGAAGUGGUGUUCACUGGUGCAGCUGGGAGAGGAUGGAGAAACAGAAGGGGAAAGGGGGUUUGGGAUAUAGGGAUUUAGAGAGCUUUAACUUGGCUCUUCUGGCUAAGCAAGGGUGGAGGUUGCUUCAAAAUACUUCUAGUAUGGCUGCAAAGAUCCUGAAAGAGAAAUAUUUCAAUGAAAAGUCUUUACUGGAAGCAAAACUGGGCCAUAGACCCUCUUACCUAUGGAGAAGUGUGUGGAAUGCAGUGAGUCUCUUGAAGGAGGGACUGAGAUAA